AUGUCGCCGAGUUUUUGCUCCGAGUUUCAGCUGGGUUUGCAAACCAUCGUUGCUGCCGACGCCGAUCGCGAAACUCCAGAUUUCAUUUCUUCUGAGCAAGGAGAUGCAAAUAAAACUCUCUUCGAGUUUGUCGAUGUUUCUCUUGACCCUCUUCAGGCAUCUCUUUCCUUCAAUGGGAGCUCUUCAGCCAACCAUCCUUCCGCUUCCUCUGCUGUCGUUUCAACUCAGCAGGGGGAGGCUGGCGGCGACGGCACCGACCUGAACACGCCCCAUGUGAAGCGUCUUUCUUUUCUUUCUUCUGCUAAUGAGUAUAAUUGGCCAGAUCCGCAGUCUGGUGGAGAAGACAGAAGAAAUGCCUCAAGAGAAGAUGCAGAUCCUCCUCAUCGCGAAAUCAUUUCGCGUUUUUAUCGCCUCAAGGCCAUCACCCACCCUCAUCUCUGUUCAUACACCAACAUCUUACGGACCCAACGGCGUAUUUACCUUGUCUCAGAGUUCUGGUCUCUUUCUCUUCAGGACAUAAUUGACGCCUGGAACGACAGCAGCAGUACAAUACCCGCAGAGGAGAGACCCCAAAAAAGAGAAGAGCCUGCCAUUGCUGACUGCCGUGCAGACAAUACUCAUGUGCGCACCUCCGCUGAAGCCAAUACAGGUGCUCCUUCCUCCCCCUCUUCUUGCCUGAGGUGGGACCUCGAGAAGCUGCAGUUCUUAGCAACUGUCGCUGCACAAACUCUCACAGCCUUGGCGCAUUUAAACAGUUUCGGUCUUUCUCAUAACCGCCUUCAACCGAGAACAAUUCGAAUUGAUGCUCACGGCAAUGUGCGUCUCAGUGAGUGGGGCCUUUCUUAUCUUACGGAUGGGGGGAGGCUGGCACCCUCUGCCGAUCUCUUAUCUCCUUUCUGCUAUCUCGCCCCUGAACAAGUACUGGCAGGGCCUCAGGUUCUUUCCAAUACGCCAGUCUGCGGUAAACAUGAUAUAUGGACGCUCGGAGCAAUCCUUCUGCAUAUUCUGCAGCCCCCAUGGCCGAUCUGGCCUUCUACGCUUGAUCUUCAAUCUAACAGCAGCAGCGGCGGCGGCAGCAGCAGCAGCAGCAGCGGAAGCAGCAGCAGUAGCAGCUGUUACCGGGGGAGAAGUGACAGCAGCAGCGCGACAUCAGACGAGGGCGUCCGCUAUCACACCAACUGCAGAUCUGCUGAUGGGGGUUCUUCUUUCUCUGUUCAGGGCGACAUAGAAAAGGAAUGUAAAAAGCAUAAGAAAGGAGAAGACGACUGUUUACAGCUGGUUGAUGAGGCUCUGAGGAACGUAACUCAGUUAGUUCUGUUCAGCUCCCUUGGCAUAGACUUCCAGCUGCUGCUACCGCUGCACCCCACAGAAGCAGAAGCAGAAGCAUCAGCAGCAGCAGCAGCACAACACCCUACAGCCCCAGCAGUCUCUGCUUUUGGGACAGAACUCUCCCGCUGGCUGCUGCAGCGUAAGUCCUCGCUUCUCUCUCUAAUGCGGAAGGCUGUCGGGCCGCCUUGUUUUAUGGUGCCUCCCCGUACGUACACCGCAGCGCUCACUGCUGCAGGAGGUCGAGGAGGUGCAGACCAGAAGAAUUCAAAUACUUCUUCAGAAGAAUCUGACGCAGGAACUGCGGGCGCCUCUCAGCAGGCUCGCGGCGCCACUGCUGCAGCAGCAGAAACAGCAGCAGCAGCAACAGCAGGAGAGCCAGCACCAUCAGGAUCGCUGAAGGAAACAGAAGAGCUUCUGUUGCAGCGUUGCAUAGACGGGCUGAUUCAGUGGCUUUCUGGGGCUUAUCUCUGUCGUCGGCCUCACUUUUGCUGGGGGCAGCUUUCCUUACAACAACAGCAAUCAGGAGCAUCAACAGGAGCAGCAGCAGGAGCAGCAGCAGAAGCAUCAGAAGGAGCAGCAGGAGCCGCAGCAGAAGCAUCAGAAGGAGCAGCAGCAGAAGCAGCAAAAGGAGCAGCAGAAGAAGCAGCAGGAGCAGCAGCGGAGGCAGGACCAGGAUCAGCAGCAGGAGCAGCAGCAGGAGCAGCAGCAGGAGCCUGCAGUUCAGAUGCUGACGUGUCUUCCAAAGGAGUCGGUGGUUUGUGUGCUGAUGAUGAAGAGGCGUUGGUUUUUCUGACGGAAGAAAUAGAAAAAUUGCAACAGGUACUGCGGGCGUGUUUAAGAAUACACCCCUCUAGCAGGCCGUCAGCAGCAGAGCUUCUUGCACUGCAGUGGCUGCAGCAAACGCAAAGAGAGCAGCAGCUUUGGUGUUUAAAGGGCGCCGACUCACUUGGCUUGAUUGCCCAGUUAAGGGUAGAGGAGGAGCUGCAGCGGGUCCUGAACCACCAAGAAGAUGAAGACGUUAACACUGCGAUGUACACUCAUUCAGGAGGUGCACUGGUGUGUUGUGUGCGUUCAGUUUCUGUUUCUGGCUGGGCGCUUCCAUGGCUGCCGUUUUCUCGUCUGUCUCCUCAGCGCAGCAUUUUCGAUUUGCUGUUGCUGCAUCAUAACAUCGGCCUGGAGGAGGUCUUCUACUGGUGGGAGCUGCAAGGAGGGGAUGUGCAUGCCUCUCUGGCUGCUGCAGGUGCCUUCAGGGCGGUCCCUCCUCUGUUUUUGCUGCCUCUCUGCUGCCUACGCGCUCCUAAUACAAACAGCAGCACUCAGGAGCAACACAAAGUAGGAGAAGAGGGGCCCAUAGAAGGCCUGCAGCAACAGCAGCAGCAGCAGCAGCAGCCGUCCUUGCUGCGAGUUGAGUUUCUUGCUGCUUUUUCUGGCUGCUGGGGAAGAGAGGACGAAUUUGUUGAUAGAGAAGAUGCGAGAAGAAGACGUGAUGGACCCAGUAAUAAUGAAGAGGGGAGAAGGAGAGAAGACACAAACAAACAACAACCAUUGGUUUACGGCUGCAGCUGCUCGGCACACACCAGCGCAGCGGCCAUUGCUGUCUGCAGCAGCACGCGGGAGCAGCAGCACCAGCAGAAGCAGCAGCAGCAGCAGCUGCAGCAGCAUCAAGAAGGGGCCCCCAGCCAGUCAGCAGUAAGCAGCGGCACAGGGGAAAGGGGCCGCACAGGGCAGCAGGCACAACCGGACGACUCUACGGCUGCUGCUGCUGUUGCAGCACCCGACACAGAACGCAGCCUGGAGGCGAGCGCAGCAGCGCGAGAAGCGAAAGCAAAAGCAGAAGCAGCAGCAACAUCAACAGCAGCAGCAGCAGCAACGCCGGGAGACGAUGCCUUUUUCAGCACAGGGUUUUCCCAGGGCAGGAGCUGGCGGGAUAUUCGCCUAUGGAAAGAAGGCGACCUCAACGUAGUCGGUGUAUCUCUAGAGGAGACCGUGCGCGCCCUGCAAGAGGCCGAUCGAUUCCCUGUCAGUCAAAUGCUGGAGGUGCGGCCUCCUUCGGUGUACAGACGGCAGGGCCAUUUUCUCUAUCAGCGACUCAGAGUUCGCCUCUUUAAGUCGCUGUUGGCGCAGCUGCCUAAAAGCCGGCACCGCCUGAUGGAAGAAGCAUCAAGAGAUAUCCCUCCCCUCCUUCGCCCUGAGAUAUGGGCGGCAUUGUUGGGUGUAAAUUUGGUUGGUGUUUUGCACACCACUCGGUUUAUCUACGACGAGGCUGUCGCCUCUUUAAGCCACUCCGUCCUGGAGGCCCUGCAAACAAGCGGCUUCUCUCAGUACCACGAGUAUCACGAUCUGCUGGGUAGCAGAGAGGGCCGUCGUCGCCUUAUGAAUUUGGUUGGGGUGGCGUUGCAGCGGAAUCCGCUGUAUGUCUCUGUGAGGGGAAUGGAUGCGUUGGCUGCCCCUUUGCUGCUGCUGUUCUAUGAUAAAGAAAAUGUGGCUCUCGCCUGCUUAGAGAAGCUGCUGCAGAACUUUCAGCAGCACCUCUUCGCUGCAGACAGCGCGGCCUUCCUACGACGACAGCUCGUUACCUCCAACCGCCUCCUCCUCUUCAUUGACCCUCAACUCGCACUACACAUGAACACACUCGGUCUACAUUCAGACAUGUAUGCGUUGUCGUGGCACUUGACGCUCUUCUCCCACGUGCUGCCGCUGCAGCAGUUGCUGCUGCUGUGGGAUACGUUGCUGCUGCAGCCUCCAACGUUUGUGCAUUUUCUGACGGUGUGCGUACUGCACUAUUUGCGGGGCCCUUUGCUUCGUUUGUCUCCUGAUGAGCAAUCCACGGCCUUUCGGCUUUUGCAGGCUUCCUUUGGGUUUGUUAAUAUCGCAGCCCUCUGUGCUGCAGCAGUCGCGCUGCAGAACGCAGUGCCCUGGUCUCUCACCCUUAUGCGUCUUCCUCUUGACGAAGCAGCAGCAGCUGAACCUGCUGCUGCUGCUACUGAUGCCUCUAUUCCAACCAACGAUGAAGAGGCAAAAAGACUAGGUGAAAGUACCUCAGAGGCGGGGAGGAACUCCUUGGAAGCCGAAAAAAGAACACCGCAAGCCACAACUAUGGAGAAGGAACGAGAAGGGGAGAAGACAGAGACAAUUAACUUACGGAAAAACGAAGGCCCUGAUGCUGAUGUAGCAACUGCUGCAGCACCAGUUGCAGCAAGUGCUGUAUCGCCGAUGCAGCGGUCGCCUGAGGCGCAGCUGUUUUUUAUUGGAGACGGAGAACAGUUGCAGGAAAAGCAAGAGCGGCCCAAUGGGGUGUCCAGACAGCGUAAUCAGACGGAAAGACAAAAUGGCGCUGCAAGCUCCCCUAGCAGCGCCUUCUCUCCCGCCAGCAGCGCAGCACAGGGAGGAGCAGGAGCAACAGCAGCAGCAGCAGCAGGGGAAGACGCAACGGCCAUGCGGAAGAGCCCCAGCUGGGGAAGGAAGGCCCUGAUGCGAGUUAUGACGGGACCCGCCCUCAUUCUCCUCGGCCCUCCCCGCAAGGCAACUGCAACGAAGGCAUCGCAGCAGAAGAACAGUUCACAAUUUGCAGACCCUAUGGAGGCUCUGUACUCGAAUGAGCCUUUGGCGCCACGUUGGUGGGACAAGAUGAGUGAAAUAUCAUUUCUGAGGCUGACAUCACCUGCUUGGUCAGCAGGGAGCGUCGUUGAAGGUACAUACACUGCUGAAGAAGGAGGGGAUGACCUUGCGCUGCAGCCCCCGUGCAUUGGAGUUGAUGUGCUGCUGCAGUUUUAUGAGGAAAGCGUCGUGUUAGACAUUCGCCCCCGCGCCGCGUUCGAGCUUCUACACCUCAGCAAGGCGAUCAGUGUCACUCCUAAAGACGUUCACGAACUUAUUGGCCUGCUUAAAGAAGGACAAUUGACGCUGCCAGACCCGAGGGGCGUUCAAAUACAAAUGCAGAAGUUCGGCAGCAGCAGCAGCAGCCGCCCCCUCAUCAGUAAGGUGACCCGCGCCGCCUCUGGAGGCUCUUCUUCCCAUGAAGCCUUUAAAGCAAGAGCAGCAGAAACAGCGGGUGCAAAUUCAACACCCACAAAGUUUGUUGCUUCAGAGGCUCACGAAGCAGCAUCACAAACAGCGAGGGGUGGGGGAGGUCAGGCCGCAGCGCCUGCUCCUGCUUCUUUAAAGCCCUGGAUCUCAGCUACAAUGGGCAGCCUUCCUUUAAUUGUUGUCGUUGGGGAUAAAGAAGACUGCGGCGCUGGACUCGCAAGGCGGCUGCUCAGUGCCGGGGUGGCCUGUGUGUGCGUCUUGUUAGGGGGUAUUGAUGCUUUGCAGCUCGACGCACCCAACGACUUCCUCACAAGGAAACAACGAAAAUAA